AUUGGUAAUCAAUUAUUGAUUUGCAGAAUCGGUGUGUGAAUAUGAUCGCCCACCUAUUUAAUGCUCCAGUUGGAGAUGAUGAGACUGCAAUUGGUGUUGGGACUGUGGGUUCAUCUGAGGCAAUAAUGCUGGCUGGUUUAGCUUUCAAAAGGAAGUGGCAGCAGAGGAGAAAAGCACAAGGAAAACCUUAUGAUAAGCCCAACAUAGUCACUGGAGCUAAUGUGCAGGUUUGCUGGGAGAAGUUUGCAAGAUACUUUGAGGUUGAACUGAAGGAGGUGAAGCUGAGAGAGGAAUACUAUAUCAUGGACCCAGUGCAAGCUGUUGAGUUGGUAGAUGAGAACACCAUUUGUGUUGCAGCCAUUCUGGGAUCAACCCUGACCGGGGAGUUUGAGAACGUGAAGCUUCUUAAUGAACUUCUGACGAAAAAGAAUGAGGAGACUGGCUGGGAGACUCCAAUUCAUGUUGAUGCUGCCAGCGGAGGAUUUAUUGCUCCUUUCCUAUACCCAGAACUUGAAUGGGAUUUCCGUUUGCCCCUGGUGAAGAGCAUCAAUGUCAGCGGCCACAAGUAUGGCCUUGUCUAUGCUGGCGUUGGCUGGGUUGUCUGGAGGACCAAAGAUGACCUACCAGAAGAACUCAUCUUUCAUAUCAACUAUCUUGGAACUGAUCAACCCACUUUUACCCUCAACUUCUCCAAAGGCUCUAGUCAAAUAAUUGCUCAAUAUUACCAGUUUAUACGGCUUGGCUUUGAGGGCUACAAGCACAUCAUGGAAAACUGCAUGGAGAGUACAAGAGUGCUGAGAGAAGGACUUGAAAAAAUGGGGCGGUUUAAUAUUGUCUCCAAGGAUGUUGGAGUUCCUCUGGUGGCCUUUUCUUUAAAGGACAGCAGUAAACACACCGUGUUCGAGGUAUCCGAGAACUUGAGAAGGUUUGGAUGGAUAAUUCCGGCCUACACAAUGCCUCCUAAUGCUGAGAAAAUCGCGGUUCUUCGAGUGGUGGUAAGGGAGGAUUUCAGCCGAAACUUGGCCGAGAGACUUCUCUCAAACAUUGAGCAAGUCUUGAAGGAAAUCGACACACUCCCAAGUCGCUUAUCGACCAAAGCUGCACAUGUUACUGCCACGAUCAACGAAACUCAAGAUGGGAAGCUUCCAAAAAAGAGUGAGACAGAGACUCUAGAGGAGGUCACCAGGCAAUGGAAGAGGUUUGUGGAUGGCAGAAGAACUGGAGCUUGCUGAACUUGUAAAACUUGCCUUACGGGGCCUUCGAAUUGCUGGUUGUAUUUUCUUGUGUGAUUGUCUGUACUGUACUCUAUGAUGCUUCUGCCACACUUUUGAAGUAACUAAAGGUUGUUUGCUUGCCUAUUUGGAGAAGGGUUAGCUCCUAUAUAUCUCUUAUAGGAAGCAUCAAAAGUAUAAUAAGUUUUAUGCAUGUAUUUUGUUCUCCAUACUUAAGAGCAAUUACAAAACAAUAUUAAGUUAUGACAAA